CCCUUUAAAGGAGAGGAUGAGAAGAGGCAUCGCAGAGGAGGAGAAGCUGCACGGACAGAGCCGGGCGGGAGGGAACCCAGCGUCGAUCACGGAACACCGAGACCACCCCCCCGGAGCUUGGCGGGCAGCGCGGCCCCUCCGAGCCCGCCCCGGAGCUGCGGGGGGCGGGCCGGGGCCGCCCAGCCCAUUGCGCUCCCGACCGCCGCUUUAAAUGAUUUGAAGAGUCGGUGGUGGCCGGGGCUGCUGCUGAUCCACGGCCCCCUCCGCUUCCCUCCCUCCCUCCCUCCGGCCGGCGGGGCGAUGGGAGCGGGGCCACUGUCCCUGUGGCUCUGGCUGUGCUGGGCACUGCCCGCCCGGGCGAGCGGGGCGACGGAGCCGCGGCUGCAGCGGGACAUGCCAAAUGUCUGUCCGGUGUUUGAGUUGGCUCUGGUAGGACACCAACAGCCAUGUGUUCAAGCCUUUAGCCGCAUGGUCAAGAUGUGGAAACAAGGCUGCGCAGGGAGGAAGUGGUGUAUGGGCUAUGAGAGAAGGUCUGGCUACUACACAGUUUACAAGCAGGCGUACAAGAUGGAGCGUCAGACAGUCUAUAAGUGCUGCCCUGGCUGGGUCCAACAUGAUGGUGAACCUGGCUGUUUGCACUUGCUGUGCACUGUUGGCACUUGCUUCAACGGAGGGAGAUGUUCUGAAGCGGGAUCCCAGAUGUGCCAGUGUCCUGCAGGAUUUCAGGGUCCUCGCUGCCAGUACGAUGUCAAUGAGUGCACCACGGAGAACGGCGGCUGUCACGACCAGUGCUGUAACACCAUUGGCAGCUACCACUGCAAAUGUCCAGCUGGCCAGAAACUGGGGGAAGAUGGCAAAUCAUGUGGAGACGUGGACGAGUGCGCGGUGGUGAACGGCGGCUGCCAGCACGGCUGCGUCAACACGCACGGCUCCUUCCACUGCCAGUGCCGGCCGGGAUACCGGCUCCACGCCGACGGACGCACCUGCAUCGCCAUCAAUUCCUGCAGUGUUAACAACGGGGGCUGCGAGCAGGAGUGCGUUCAGCUCGGUGAGGACAGGUACAAGUGCCAGUGCCAGCCGGGCUACCAGCUGAAGAGGGAUGCCAAGUCCUGUGAAGUGAUAGACCCCUGCACAAGCGGGAAUGGAGGAUGCUCACAAAUCUGUCAAAAUGAGAGAGGAAUUGCAAAAUGCGAGUGUCAUCCGGGGCAUUAUCUUUCUGCAGACAAAAAGUCCUGUUUAGACAUUGAUGAGUGUGCAGAAGGGAGCGCCAGGUGUGCUCAUCGUUGUGUGAACACUCCAGGAUCCUUCACCUGUGUCUGUAAUCCUGGCUUCGAGCUGGGGGCUGAUGGAAAGCAGUGCUACCGCAUCGAAAUGGAAAUUGUUGAUAGCUGCCAGGACAACAACGGCGGCUGUUCUCAUCACUGUGAGCACACGACUGCGGGGCCACGCUGCUCCUGCGACGAUGGCUAUCGGCUCGAUUUUGAUGGCAAAACGUGCGCAGAGCUGGACGAGUGUGCGAUGGGAGAGUCCUGCUGCUCCCAAUUCUGCAUCAACUACGCGGGGGGGUACGAGUGUGCCUGCAAAGUGGGGUUCCAGCCCAACGCCGACGGCUGUGCCUGUGACGAUGUGGAUGAAUGUCUUCUUGAUAAUGGCAACUGCGACCAUUUCUGUGUUAAUUCUCUGGGUUCAUACGAAUGUGCAUGUAAGGAGGGUUACAGGCUUGGUGUUAACAGACGGUCCUGCAUCGCCCUAGGUGGGGAGGAUGCAGAGGAUGCAGUGGGGUUCGCGGGGGCUCCGGGGCUGCAGUUCAGAGAUCCCCCCCAGCUCCUGCACUACGCGCUCGGUGCCCUCUACGAUGAUGAAGACCCACGGGGAGAGCUCAGCCUGGUGCACAGGGUCGUUUGCCUUGAUAACACUUUCGGGGACGACUGCAGCUUGAGCUGUGAGGACUGUCUGAACGGAGGCGGCUGUAACAGUGAACGCAGCGGCUGCAUUUGCUCGCCUGGGUGGACGGGUGUUAUCUGCAAUGAAACUUGUUCCCCCGGGACGUUCGGCAGCGGCUGCACCGGUGUUUGCCAGUGCCAGAAUGGCGGCUCCUGCGACGCGGUGUCGGGGCACUGCCGUUGCCCGCCCGGCGUCCACGGCAAGCUCUGCGAAGACGGUUGCCCAAAAGGACUCUUUGGGAAGAAUUGUAACAAACUAUGCAACUGCGCCAACAAUGGCCAUUGCCACCGCCUCUAUGGAGCCUGCCUGUGUGACCCGGGGCUCUACGGCCGCUUCUGCCAUCUGACGUGUCCCAGGUGGGCCUUCGGAGCUGGCUGCUCGGAGGAGUGUCAGUGCGUGAAAGAGCACACGCUGGAGUGCGACGCAAGGAACGGGACCUGCACCUGCAAGCCUGGUUAUCACGGCAAAAAGUGCCAGAAAGAGUGCACACCUGGCUUUUAUGGGGCUGGUUGCAAACUGAGGUGCAACUGUCCUCCUGAUGUUUUGUGUGAUCAUGAGACAGGAGUCUGCAAGCAUCCAUGUCCACCCGGGUUUCAUGGAGAAAAAUGCCAUUUAUCUUGUGAGCCAGGGAGCUUUGGGGUGAACUGCAGGCAGAGAUGCAGCUGUGGAGAAGCACUGUGCGAUACAAAGACGGGGCAGUGUAUCUGCCCAGCUGGGAAAACUGGAGCUACAUGUGAGCAAGAUUGCCCAGCUGGCCGGUGGGGACCAGACUGCCAGUCCUCCUGUGAGCCCUGCGCCAACGGGGGCCAGUGCAACCAAGAAACUGGGGCCUGUGACUGUUCCCCCGGCUACACGGGGGCAUCCUGCUCUGUGUCCUGCCCCGAUGGUUACUACGGACAAAAUUGCCUGCUGUUAUGCAGCUGCAGCAGUGGUGCUGAGUGUCACCACAUCACCGGAGAGUGUACAUGUCCCCCCGGCUGGACUGGCCACGACUGCAAACACCCCUGCAAUAGUGGCAGUUGGGGCCAGCGCUGUGAAAACACGUGUGUCUGCAACAACAGCGAUGGGAGCUGCGAUCCAGUCACUGGCUCCUGCUUCUGUGAGCCAGGAUUCACCGGGAAACACUGCGAACGGAGGUGCCCCGAGGGAAGCUUUGGCCCGAGCUGCCAGUCCAGCUGCCAGUGCCAGAACGGAGCUGCCUGCGACCACGUGAAUGGAGCCUGUACCUGCGCGGCGGGCUGGACGGGAACCUUCUGCGAACGAGCUUGUCCAGAUGGAUUCUUUGGGCUCGACUGCCACCAGGUGUGCAACUGCAAGAACGCUGCUGGUUGCGACCAUGUCCUGGGAACCUGCCGUUGCCUCCCGGGCUGGCAGGGACAGACCUGCGAGCAGUCCUGCCAGGGGGACAGCUAUGGGCCAGGCUGCAGCCACACUUGUCACUGUCACAACGGAGCGCUCUGUCAUCAUGUAACCGGGACGUGCCUUUGUAGCCCGGGAUGGAAAGGAGCCACCUGCCAAGAAGCCUGUCCUCCUGGCUGGUUCGGUGCAAACUGUCUCCAGCGCUGUGUCUGCCAUGGCCAGGCAACCUGUGACCGGGUGACGGGCGAGUGCCGGUGUCCCCAAGGUUGGACGGGGAUAGCGUGUGAGCUGGAGUGUAGGGACAGAGAGGGCUGUGAGCAGAACUGUAGCUGCCACCACGGGGUUUGUGACCAGCACUCAGGGAAAUGCAUCUGCCACGCUGGCUGGACUGGGGACCGCUGUGAUGCUGUCUGUCCCCCUGGAUUUUUUGGCAAACAGUGCGAGGAGCGAUGUGACUGUGUACACGGCUUGUCCUGCCACCAUCAAACUGGAGCGUGUCGCUGUGACAAGGGAUGGCGAGGGAAGCACUGUGACAAACCUUGCUUGCCUGGUCGCUACGGCACAGGCUGUGCCCGACGGUGCCGGUGUCCCACAGGUACCCCCUGCCACCAUUUGACAGGCGAGUGCGGCUGUCCUCCGGGAUUCACCGGCUACAGCUGCGAGAAAACUUGUCCACCGGGCACGUAUGGUAAGAACUGUAACCGAGUAUGUCAGUGUUCUGCUGAGAAUGAGGAAUGUCACCCGGUGACUGGUGACUGUGCGUGCCGCCCGGGCCACCACGGGCCCCGCUGCAACCUCCGGUGUCCAAAAGGUACUUAUGGAUCAAACUGCCAAAAGCCCUGUAAAUGCAUGAAUGGAGGCCACUGCGACCCUGUGUCAGGAACUUGUGAUUGCGCGCCUGGUUUCAUUGGAGCCGACUGCAGUAAAACUUGCCCUGAAAACCGAUAUGGGAAGGACUGCAUCCUGUUCUGUGCAUGCGGUAAAGGUCAGUGUGACCCACGGACUGGCAAGUGUACAUGUCCUCCCGGCCAAAUGGGACCCAGCUGUCAGCAAGUGUGUCCCCAGGGACAAUAUGGCCCCAACUGCCACCUGACAUGUACCUGUCAGAACGGUGGUAUUUGUGACCACGUGGAUGGCAACUGCACUUGCGGGCUCGGCUGGACAGGAAGAUCGUGCGAGAAAGAAUGUCUCCCGGGGAAGUACGGCUCCGGCUGUGCCUUGGACUGCUCGUGCCAGCACAACAGCACCUGCGACCGGUUCACGGGCUGUUGCCAUUGCCCUGCGGGCUUCUACGGCCACUCCUGCCAGCACCGGUGUCCCCUUGGAUUCUAUGGGCUAAGCUGUCUUCAUGCCUGUGCCUGUAAAAAUGGGGCGAGCUGUGAUGCAGUGACAGGGCAGUGCAUUUGUCCUUUGGGUUACCAAGGUGUCUACUGUGAGAAAGGCUGCGACGGGGGCUGGUUUGGAGAGAGGUGCCGACAUCGAUGUGACUGCGGAGGAGCUCCUUGUGAUCCAGAAACUGGGAAGUGCCUGUGUCCACCUGGGAAGACUGGAGACAAAUGUGACAUUGAAUGCAGGUCGGACCGGUACGGCCCUGACUGCUCCUUGCAAUGCCAGUGUGCCAGCAAAUCCCAGUGCAAUCCCUACAAUGGGAACUGCGUCUGUCCAGCCACGUGGAUGGGGCCAACCUGCAGAGAAGGUGGCCCUCCAAAGCUUCCUUUUUAUGAAGAACAAACCCAAGAAAGAGAGAAUAUUUUUCCAAGAGCUCUACAACAGUAACAUUUGGACUAAUAAAUGAACUGUUUUAUAUGCACAGACGGUAUUUGAAUUUGGAUAUGAAAACAGUUAUUCAAUUCAGCUUGAAUUGUACUGAAGUAUUCACACUUCUUAUGGAAGACUACAGAGGCCAUUUAGUAGCUGGAUCCUUUUAAAAAGUUGAAUCUGUUUCAUGUAUUUAUUCCUAACCUCUUACCCCUCCAGUAAUCUGCUUGGGACAUUCUUUCUGAUAUAUAAUAUUAUUAAUUGUUUGAAAGCUUGGACAUGUAUUUAGCAAAACCAGCUCCAAAGAGCAGCAGGAUAAGAAGUAAGUAACAUAUCAACUUGCUCUGAGCCACACCACUUAUAAGUGACUUUUGAAACCCGCUUGACAACCAGCAUGAAGUUUAAUGAGUUUCAAGGAUUAUGAAGCCAAUAUGGAUCCACUGCAAAAUCACAUUGCACAAAAAUUAGUGACAUUCACCAAAUUAAUUCCUCUUUGGGUGUUCUAGAAAAGCAUCCAAUCUGAUUUUAAACUUGCACCUGAAGAAGAAUCUACCACAGUCCUCAAUAAGUUGUUGAUAAUUUAAGAGUAUGUAUCACAUUUCUAGUGUGGAUUGAUUGAUCAGAAGGUCUCCAUCUAUAUGUUGUUACAUCUGAGUCCCUUCCAAAGAGCAGGAUAUCAUCUGACAGGCUCUUCUGGCUUUCUGCAUUCUCCCAUCCUGUCAGUUGAAUUCUUCAGUGGUUUGUCAAGUCAAACUGUGCAACAGUUCUUGUGAAACGGUACCUUCUAACACAGAAGAGUUUUCUCUUGGAUAGAGAAAGCAGAGAGUAAGCAAAGCUGGAUGCUUAAAGAUAAUCUCUGUGUUCUUUAUGUAAGGGAUACAAUGUGCCUUUACUGCACAAUAGUGUGUCUAAGCUUCAAAAAGUCCUGACACCAUUCAACAGCUGCUGUUGGUCACUUAAUAGAAAAAAGAUAUUUUGGUGCUAUUUUGCCUGUUUAGACAGGUUGUUCUUAAAUAUAGGACUAAAUCACUAUAAAGAAAUACUCUUCUCUAUUUUAAUAUUCUGAAUUAACCAAACUAAAAGAUUUCAAAAGUGCCUCUUUAUACCUCUCUUUACGUUAGGAGUUACAAAACCUAUGUAGUAACCUCUUGAGUCUGACUAUAUCAAAAGUGCACUUAUUAAAGGACAGCAGGACCAUGGAUCAGUAAACAUGGUCAUACAGGCAGUUCCAGGUCUUGUGUUCACGCUGCCAUUCACACACCAUAACAGAUUACAACUCUGCAAGAGAAGAUUUUUGUCACAGAAGAGACAAAGUGACAAUAAUUGGUGCUAACUUGUGAUUUGUAAAGAUGUUGUUUGUUGUUACGGUUGGAUAAUGAGUAGAGGAAGCACCAGUUCUACCCCUGGUGACAGCUGGGGUCAGUAACUGUCCAGUAAAAGUGCCACUUGCUCACCUGGGAGUUUAGUUCGAACUGUGAUCUGUUGGAAGCAAUACAUGUUUGACAGGUAUUUUUCAAGCUUCAUGGAAGUCUUAUUGUUGAUAUUUGUCACUUUGUAGGUAUUGACAAUCAUCCUAACCACAGUGAAGACAUUGGUGAAUUUUUCAGAAUUAAUUAACCAACUGUGCUUUUAGCCAGAAAAUCAAAGGCGCUGGUGCUGAUCUCUUGUAAUUUCUUCUUUCGAUCUCUUUGAAUGUCGCUGGAAAAUUUACUUGAUGUAAAUGUGACAAAAUUGUUGUCCCCAAGCUAGUCGGACAUGUGUGGCUGUCAGCAGUGCUUUACUGCCGGCUGUGACAUUCUAAGUGCUCUUUUGGGGAUGUACUGGCCUGGGUCUGAGCCUACAAUUAUGUGAAUUUGGGGCAAUUUCAGUGAACUGAAACUGAUAAGGUAAAUCUUGUGUGAGACAAUUAGACGUAAUCUUAGCAACUGCUGGAGAAGAACGACCCAGGUUAAGCAGUUGAAAUAUUUUGAUCUUAAUUAUGUAUUUGCUGCAGAGCCAAACUACAGUAGUGAUACAAACAUCUCAUGAUAUUCAAGAUUUUUCAUAGAAUCGUAGGGAAAAUGGCCCAUGUCUGAUAUGGUUACUCAGCAGCUAAUGCAUUAAACCCAAGAAAUUACAUUUUGCUGUUUGACAGCAGUUUAUAAAAUGUACUGGGUUUUUUCUUAUCUAUGUAUACUGAUACGUGAUUAGAGCAGCUAAUCAAAGGGGAAACCUUUCUCAAGCCAUAUUAUUUACACCUGUGUAUACUUGUUUACAUUUUCCGCAGUACCUUGAUAAUAGAAUUGUAAAUAUGUAGUAUACGUGAAAUAAAAAAUUUUUGUAUGAAGUAUUUUUAAAGAAUGUCACAAUUUUAGGUACAUGAUGAAACACAUGUUUUAAGUGACUGAUACUGAGCCUGUGCCAAUGAAUUAGAGGCCAAAGCAGAUCUGCCUGGGAAAUAGUUCAGCAAACUUUAUUUAAAAUCAGAAAAUGCCAAUUCAUACAAAACUAUUCACAUGCAAAAGUGGUUUUUUUUUUUUUUUUAUUCAUUCCUUCUUCAGAAUACUCCUUAGCUUCUUUAUGUUAUUGCCUUGGGGAAAGAAGUUCACUUCAGUGCCAUUAAAUAGAUUGUUCUCAUUUGGGGCUUAAUAUUAAAAGGUUACUGUUUAUGGGGUAGUUUUGAAUGUCUUUUCUUGCUUCUCCAUUUGUGAAGGUUUUCAUUUUUUUCACAAGGCAGCAAAAAUGUUUACAGGAUGUUGUUCUCUAGAAAAAGAGCCCAAACUUUACAUCAUUAGCUAUUAAUUAAGUUUACUUGCUUGUGAUGUCAUUAAUAUGUUUUGUUGCUCUCCUUACAGCAGAUUAACAAAUUUACCUAAUUCUGUGCCUACAAAAUAGUCUUUGUUAGACAGCACUUAGUUUUGAAUGGAAAAGCUACUAAAUUAGCUUUUCCAUAGCUUCAUUUUGCGGCAAGUGAUUUUAAUUACUAGUAAAAUAAUAUAACUAUUUUUGUUUGCUUCAUCAGAUUCCAGUGAAAAAAUGUCAGGCUGAUACUGUCCUGAACACAGCACUGGAGCUUGUUGAAAAUAAAAGUGAAAACUUGAGUGGAAAUGGUUUUUAUAUUUAAAUUUAUGUCCAUCUUCCACUUGGUAAAUGCCUUUCUUGGCUCUCCAUUUCCCAGAGGGCUGAAGUUAAUUAUGCUUUCUUGAAAGGGGCGCUGUGUGUAUUCCACUGUAACACACUUGCAUUCACAGAUAACUCCUUUCUGAAAGACAUUUAAAUGGUCUUGACCGUGCAGUUUCUGUGCCAAGUCCCACUCUCUUACCUUGUUGUGUAUUCCAGAUAAGUUCAGUUUGAGAAGAGUGGAAAUGAGUUGAGUGUAACUCAGUGGGUCCUGUAGAAUCUUACUCAAUGUGAAUUCAUGAAACCAGAACAACAUGUUUUAAGUUAAACUUCAGUAUUUAUAACACUAUCCUCACAGGAAAACAAUCAGAAUUUUAAAAAUUCCCCGCUUCUCCUGCCAAAAAUUAUUAUUCUACUUUCAUCCUUUUUAUGUUGAAGAACUGUAGCUAUUAAAGUUUGCCCAGAUUUCUUGCCAACCAUAUUAUUUUGAUUGGCUGCAGAUUUCUGUUUGUGUAAGUAAUAACCAUCUUAGCAUCAGGAGUUGCCAACGGGACAAACAUGGAAAUUAUACCUUUGUGUCCUUCCCAGAAGAGCCAAAGACACAUUUUGGAGCCAUCGUGGCUUCAUACUAUUGAUCUAACAGUGAUAAAUAAUGUUUCUGGUAGAGCUUAGCUUCUUACCAGAGCAGAGACAAGCUUAGGAAGGGUCCUUGAGAGAACUGGUGGACUAAGAAACCUCCAUCCUUCUAUCCCUAUGUUAAUUUUUUAUAUAAACUUUGUCCACAAACCUUCUCAGACCCCAGUUUUGAAGGACUUUUCCUGCCCGUUGACGUGGGGUUGACUACAGCACCUCCAUGCACAAGCUGCAACUGUGCCCGGUAAUUCUUUUGCAGGGUCAAAGCUUUAAAUUCUAACACAGUGUAAAGCAAUUUCCAGUGGUAAGCAAUGAAUCUUGAACCUGUAGAACAUAAAUUGUUUAUUCUGUUAUUUUAUUACUUUUAAUAAGCUCUUGCAUAGCAAUAUUAUUUCUUUGUGAAUUUAUAGCCCCCCCCCCUUCAAAGAAUAUGUGGGAUGUAUCUCAAAACUGUACUGUACUUUCUGUUGUACACCUAUCCUAGUGAAAGGAUGCUGAUUUUUUUAUAUAUAUAUAAACAUGCCAUUAAAACUUA